UUUUUGCCUUCUCUGUAUUGAGGUACCGCUCAAAAGAAAGGAGGUCUCUGGGGGAAGUUUGAUAACGAUCUAUUUUAUCUAAUUUAGAGGAAACGUUCAGAGACACUUAGACCCAUCAGCUGUCAAUCAACCAAGCACAAUAAACAAACCCAGUGCGAGUAAAUAACACGCGCUUGAUUUGUUUAUUCGCCUGAUUCUUCACGGAUGAGCGAUCCCUGUCGACUAUCAGCAUUCCAUCACAGGCGGACCGCCAGCCCUUCGACAAUCGCACCUCCACAUUCUCGAUCGAAGAUGUUCGCGUUUAAUUUCAGUUUCUCCUUGGCAAUGAGGGACAUACUUUCAUCAGAGGAGUAAAGUGCGAAGAUAUCAAUGCGUUCUUUCGUCCACGAUCAGUCUAUUUAAUACAUUUAGCGCCGUUCGUCGCAAUUUAAUAUGGCAAGCAGUAAUAAUGCUUCCAAGAAGAAAGACAAACGAACGACUCUGCUCGACUUCGACUUGUCAACAACUUUAGGAACGGGGACGUUUGGAAGAGUGUUACUUUGCCGAGACCGAAGGUCUGGCGAGUAUCAUGCCUUAAAGAUAAUGAAUAUACGAGAAGUGAUCAGACUUAAACAAGUUGAACACGUCCAAAACGAGAAGAAUAUUUUGUCGAAGAUCGAGCACCCAUUCAUCGUCAAUUUAUUAUGGACAUAUCAUGACAACACAUUCUUGUACAUGCUCCUGGAGUAUGCUUGUGGUGGAGAACUUUUCACAUAUUUGCGUACAGCAGGAAGGUUUAAUAAUGGCACAGGGUUAUUCUUUGGAGCAGAAAUAGUCUCUGCCCUAGACUAUCUCCACCAAAAUAGCAUAGUGUAUCGUGAUCUCAAGCCAGAAAAUAUUCUCCUAGAUAGAGAAGGACAUGUCAAACUUACAGAUUUUGGCUUUGCAAAAGAGGUUCAUGACAAGUAUCCCCCAUUUUUCGAUGACAACCCAUUUGGCAUCUAUGAGAAAAUACUAUCAGGAAAGGUAGAAUGGCCAAAACACAUGGAAACUACAGCGGCAAAAGACUUGAUUAAAAAGCUAUUAGUCCAUGACAGAACAAGAAGAUUGGGAAGUAUGAAGAAUGGAACAGAAGAUGUGAAGAGUCACAAAUGGUUCAAAGUGAUAGAUUGGAAUUUAGUUUAUCAAAGAAAGCUCAAGGCUCCCAUUAUACCUAAGCUAUCUCAUCCAGGGGACACUAGGAAUUUUGAUGAUUACCCAGAGGAAAACUGGAGAUCAGCCCCACCUCUUAGUGGCAAGCUUCUGGAGCCGUUUAAAGAUUUUUAAUCGCAGAGAUUUCACGUGUUUUAGUCAACCAGUUAAUUAUGGCCGGAUUUAACGAGUGAUCUGGUGCAAGUCAAGAAGAAUUGUUUUCACUCAAAGUAUUUCACAGAAUUCGCUUUCGCCAGGAUCCCACUGAAUUGUUAUUUUAUUUAUUCAUGGAUAAGUUGUUACCUGUAGACAAUAGCGUGUACUUAUUUUUUAGACAUUCAAAAUGACACUUCCAAAUGUGAAUCAAAGCAACCGUCUUCUGUUUUAAGAUUGUAAUUAGCUAAAUUUAACAUUGUUGUGGAGAGGGUAAAUGGAAAAACUAUUUUAAGCAUAUCUUUAAUUAGUUUGAUAUAUUAUUGUUUUAAACUUUUCCUUUUAUGUUUCUAGUUUUUAUUUCUUAAGCCUCGUUGUGAUAUCGCCAUAGAAUACAUGUAAUUCAAAGCUACUUUUAUUUGAAAUGAAUUGUAGCUGAUCGAUGGUUUACACGUAAAGGGUAGGACUAAAUAAUUUGUAGGGAUUUAUCUUUGAUAAUUAAGCCUAUGAAAGGGAAGACUAAUUAUUUCGUACAUUGUUCGUGUGGCCUUUUUGGAUUCUUUGCAGUGAUUUAGCUGCCUUAUAGAAAAACCAUGAAUUCUGGCAUGCUGAUAAAAAGUUCCUGCUGAAAUUUUUAGUUUGAUCUUUUUAUUGCAAAUCAUUGGAUAAGAACUUCGUGACCUACUGUGCGCUUGGUUUUGUAAAAGAAGAUAGCGGCUCUGUUUAUUUGGGAAUGAUGGAGAAUUUUCAGCUUCCUGUAGUUUGUUUGGAAGAAAAAAAAAAUGGAUCACUGAAGUGAGAGAAAGAAUGUUCACACGACGAACUUAAAGCAUGAGAGAGAAAAAUUGGUCUGAAUUUUUUUCACACGUUUGUUACCAGUUUACAAAUAUAAAAUGAUCCAUUUCCAAAAGAGUUGAUGGUGUUAUUCUUUGAGAUCUCAUAAGAGGCCGCACGAAUCUCAUUAAAUAGAAGUGAUCCUAACCGAAAGCGGCAAGAAGCCUCAUUACUUAUCGUUCCUACCAAACCGCCGUUGGUUUGGCUCCGGUCUUUCUCCGGGCGGUUUUCCCAUUCUGUUCGUUCAUUCAACCUCACUAAACAAACCGCCUGACACUUAAUCUGCUCCGGAUUUAGCAACUUUCCGGUCAUGAAUUACCCAAGAUGAGGCUAUUUUUGUAUGCGAAUUAAAAGUUAACAUGUAGAAAAACACGGGUAUAGAGAGUCAAAUAGAGUAAAAUUUUUUGUAAAAUGACUGUGAACAGCCUACUUCAGAAUUUUGAAAUAAAAUGUCAUGUACUGUGGUU